UCGAUUAGUCAAUCUAGUUUGUAUUUUGAGGCAAACUCGCUGCUGAAGGCAAACAAGCUUAACCUUGUUAAGGCUGGCUGGCGUUAGCUUUUUCUUUUAUCUUAAAACGAAACUUAUCCUAUUUCAUUCAAGCCUGUGUUGUUACCGGACCACCACAGGGUGCUAUGCUACCACAACGAUAUUACUGGAUGGAAACAAUGCAGCGAAGCCUAGAGUGGGCAAGGGGUACGCUCUUGAAUGUUGCUUCAGCAGACGGCCUGAUAGCUUAAGUGUCCGAGUUCAUCGAGGAGAUUCGCACCUAUGGUCGGCAUGCACAACAAACCAGUUCCGGUUACCAGGCUCCAUUGACUUGGACUGGAGCAAUGGGGGCUCCUCAUUAUCACAUCACCGGAGAGCAGCUGAGGUUUCUCAUGUCCUGUGCUUUCAGCCUCUCUCAGAUGGCUGAGAUUUUCCAUGUGUCCCGUUCCACAGUCAAACGGCGCCUACGACGCUUGAAUCUUUCACAGGCAGGGCGUUUUUCAGACUUGUCAGACACUGCUCUGGACGAUAAGGUUAAGGACCUUGUGGCUGGGAAUGACAGAGUUGGACCGGAGUCCGUCCGAGCACAACUGAGGGCAGAGGGAAUCCGGGUGCAGAGACGCAGAGUGAGGGACAGUAUGGUUCGCGUUAACCCGAGGGCGGUUGCCCUCAGAGCCAUGUCGCAGAGGCUGCACAGAAGGUCCUACUGUGUCACUGGUCCAAAUUCUUUAUGGCACCUGGAUGGAAACCACAAACUGAUAAGGUGGAGGAUAGUCAUCCACGGUGGCAUUGAUGGCUACAGUCGCCUUGUUGUGUUUCUCCGUGCUUCCAGCAACAAUUGCAGCAGUACUGUAAUGGACUGCUUCAUGAAAGCAGUGACCAGCACUGUACCCAGAGGUAUGGACGGGGCGGCUCAGGGCGGUGCGGCUCAGGGCGGGGCGGCUCAGGGCGGGGCGGCUCAGGGCGGGGCAGGGCGGGGCGGCUCAGGGCGGGGCGGCUCAGGGCGGGGCGGCUCAGGGCGGGGCGGCUCAGGGCGGGGCGGCUCAGGGCGGGGCGGCUCAGGGCGGGGCGGCUCAGGGCGGGGCGGCAGGGACACCUGUUGUUCACUGGCCAGAGAGAGUGACCAUACCUCCAAACCAGUUUACUUUGGGAAAUGCUCUCAUGCAAGUACUUGCCGCACAAAUCAAUCCCCUCGGAGGCCUCAGAACAGGCCUUGGAAUGGACAUCUGGCAAGAGGUCAUUCCUUUCCUGGAGUCCUCAAAUGA